AUGGCGCUGAGGAUCUCCAUGCGGCUUCUGAGCGGAGCGGCACUCACCGAGCUGGAAGUUGCACCAGGCAUGAGGGUUGAAGAGCUCAAGAGGGAGAUGCAACGGUGGAACCCAUGCGAGGAUGAAGUCAUGCGCAGACUUACUGCAGUUGACUUGGUCUUCGGGGACAGAAAGCUCGAGGAUGACUUGGAGACAGUCCAGGAGGUCGGCUUGCUUCAAGGGGCAGAAGUCCACGUCGUUUUUCGGCAUGUGCCGGCAGUGACGUGCGCGCAUCAAGACGAGGCACGUUGCGAUGCUCGUUCACUGAUCUUUGUUCACAUUCCUCCAGGGGUGAGAAAACUUCGGCCUGGGGCUUUCCAGAAUUGCGGCUCCUUGGUGACGGGUGGGUAUGUCCUGCAACAUGGCUGCGGUGGCAACGUGGUGAAUACCAAGAGUACGGACAUGCUGGAUGUUCCUGGAGGCAAAUUCCAGGUCGACUUCAGCUCGACGCCUCAGCCCGUCCGGGCAGGCGACUACCUUGCGACGGGGUAUCCGGAAGCUACAGAGGUCUUCCUGAGCCGAAACGCCGAGCAGAUCUACUUGUCGCAGAUCAUCCGCUCCCAGGACGAGAUGUGCAGGCACUUCCUCCCCAUCAUCCGCAAGUGCGGAACCGUCGUGCGCCGCAUCGGUUGGCGUGUCGCCAGGCCAGCGAUGCGUGGCGAGGAGGUGCUGACCAUCGUCGAUGGUGAAGAGAUAGCCAAGGCCGUGGUCGAGGAUGACAAGAGCAUGGUCAUCAUGGCAGACACGACCGACCGCGAAUGGUACGUCCUCGACAGCACGAGCUUUGAUGCCAGCUAUGAGCGACCAGGCGUGGAUAUCGGCGACGAAUCGCCCGACGCGAAGGUGCUACGAGAUCGAGGCUUCAAGCGAUUCAAGAGGCGGGGAAUGGCCAGGAUGUAUCAGGUGUCGGAAGGCGACCUCACAUUCCUUCCGUCGAGGAAGUUCUUCUGCAAAGGCACGAGCUUCCCACUGCUGCUGAGGGCAGGGGACUUCUUGGUCACUGGGUAUCCGGACGCCACUGAGAUCUACCUGAGCCGUCAUGGGGAAGAGGUGUUUGAGCACGUGUCGCCGCAUGAGCUGAUCCGCUCGCAGGAAGAGAUGUGCGAGCGAUUUGGGCCCAUCUUGCUGCAGCGAGGUGUGCGCGUGCCUCGGGCUGGCUACACCAUGGCACGACCAGCGAAGGUUGGUGAGGUCAUUCGGACGCUCAUCGAUGGCGAGCUGGUGGCGAAGGUAGAAGCCUCACCUGGGAGCAUGGUUCUUCGCCUGGAGACGACCGAUCGCGAGCUACAGGUGCUCACCGAGAGCGAGUUCGCGGAGGACCAUUGCUUGCCUGCAGAGCCGUGGGAGGAUGCCUCGCCGGAAGUGCAAGUACUUCAGAAGAGAGGAUUCAAGCGCUAUCGGCAGAAGGGCACUGCCCUGCUGUACCAAGUGACGCAGGAAGACAUGGAGGACUUCGUCCCUGGUGGACGCUUUCAGAUUCCUGGCGGACUCAUACCCUCCAACCUGCGUGCUGGCGAUUACCUGGAGGCCAGACAUCCGUAUCCACGCUGGGUUCGAAUGAACCGCAAUGCUGGUCAGGUCUACCGCACCGAGAUGCGCCGGGCCAGCGUGGUGGAGGAGGCUGUGCCACGAGAGCCGGAAACGCUUCUCCUUUCCAGCAUGCUGCCCAGCCGCAUCAUGCAGUUUCGGAGUCAAGCUUCGCAUCUUGGAAGCCAAUCCACUCAGUGCAUGGAACCAGAGGGCCCCAAAAGAGGAGAGAUUCGAACGCCCAUCACCAUGGAUCGCGCCUACAGCGCACCGAACUCCUCCCGACCGGAGGGCCUAGCGGAGAGCCAAGGCUCCGUCGGCUCCUCGAGCGAUCGGACCAACUUUGUGGACCGCUUGCGCUCGGAGAUCUCAGGUGUUCAAGAGCUCCGCGUCUUGGGCGCCCUUGAGGAGGGCCUGCGAGCAGCUGCAAAGCAGCAGGUUGCCUUGGUCCGGCGAUGGUACGACGGCACCACGCAGGAGGAACGAGGCCGCCCAGCUUCCGCGCAUGUCAGAGGGGGCACAGCUGCUGCCGAGGCGAGCGAAGCCGAGUUAGCGAUUGCAAGUUGGUUGAGCUGCCUGCCGGCGGGCGUCCGGGGCCUGUUGGUGCUCACUGACGCCGCCGAAGUUCUGACUCGUGACGCUCCCAGGCGACUGCUUGAACGGCUGCUCAACCGACACAAAGGUCUUCAUCUUCUUGUCACCCUGGUCAAGAAGCCCGGGGAGGAACUUCCCCACAUUCGGGCGUUCAAGAACGUGGAGCAGUACGACGGCAAGUGGCUUGCAUUCUCAGAGGCAUCGCUUCAUCUUCAGAGGAUGGAACCACAAUCCUCAGAGAGCCUCCUCCAUCAGGUUCGCUCCAGCCUGAUCUCCGAAGAGUUGGGCUUGCGCAUCGCGGCCUACAGCCUCGCCGCGCAGGGAUCCUGCCUUGCAUCCGGUGGCCCGACUCCCGCUCAAGGCCAGCUGUCGCCAUGUCUGUUGCAGGAGGCGCCCCUCUCCUCCCCGAAGUCCUGCUCGGAGACAGUCCAGCAUCAAGAGGAACAGGGCGUCGGAAAGGAUCAGCCAGAAGUUGACGCUGAGAGCAUGCUGAACGAAGUGACUCCCAAGCGCCUCUUCGAAAGCCCGGCAGACCGCUCCCAUCUCCGUGACAGGCAUGCAAAGCACUUGACCCAGGUGGCGCAGAUCUUCUCGUGGAGCAAGGACAGGGUUUCGCGUGCUCCGUCGGAUCACCCACCGAGCCCAUCGGAGACGGUUGCCAGCUCUGUGGCCACAUCCUUGCGAUCCAGGCGCUACCGUUCUGGAACUCCCCUGAGCAGCCAACAGAUGGAGAUUCUCGAGUCCUAUGCGGGGCAGCAGCAGCUUCACGAGCUUCGCCAGAUGAACCACCGGAGUUUGCGGAAGGCAUUGGCGGGCGUCGGCCAGAUGGUUCCCACGGCGAGCGUGAAGGCCUUGACGACAGCUUCGGGGCCUGUGCUGGUGACGCCCGAGCGACGCCGGCCGCCGCGCGUGGCAAUGACGCCAGAGAAAGACCACUGGGAUGACCGGACGUCAUGCACGAGGACCUUCGAUGGCCAGCCUAUCCGUUCUCUUCGCCAAAUCACCAAGUGA